GUGACAGACCGUAAGAACCUUUACUCCCAAACCACAACUCCGCACCACUUUCUGUGUCACACGCGUGGAAAUACGGCCGGUCCGCCGACUCCCAGGGCAACUUUUAAUUCAGGAUAUUCAAGGAAAAAAUAACAAAAACUUCCUAAUAAUAUGGGAAAAGAAAAUAUCUGUUUUUUGUCUGUUUGGAUAAUUUUGGGGAAAAUCUUUGCAACUUUCUCUUCGGACCCUGAACUCAUCACCGUGUUCGAUAACACCACAGUCACCGGUACCCCCCCGCCGACCCCUCCCGGAUGGAUCACAGACUUCACUGACAUCGUGUCCAAGUUCUCCCUGCGCACCGUCGACAUCCCGGAUGAUGACAUGUGCUACAUAGUGACCGGGAGCCCGGAAACCGUCAAAGAGUGCGAAUUCAACCCGCAGACACAGACCUUCAUCAUCAUACAUGGCUGGACGGUGACCGGGAUGUUCGAGAGCUGGGUGCCCAAACUGGUGUCCGCUCUCUACGAGCGCGAGCCCAGUGCCAACGUCAUCGUGGUGGACUGGCUCACCCGCGCCAACCAGCACUACCCGACCUCGGCCGCCUACACCAAACUGGUGGGCCGCGACGUGGCCAAGUUCGUCACAUGGAUACAGAAAGAACUGCAGUUGCCCUGGGAGAGGAUUCAUCUGCUGGGCUACAGUCUGGGAGCACAUGUGGCUGGAGUCGCCGGAGACCUCACAGACCAUAAAAUCAGCAGGAUCACAGGUCUGGAUCCUGCCGGCCCCACCUUCGAGCACGCAGACAACCAGAACACUCUGUCCAAAGAAGACGCCCAGUUUGUGGACGUGCUGCACACCAACACCAGGGGCUCCCCGGACCGCAGCAUCGGCAUCCAGAGAGCGGUGGGCCACAUCGACAUCUACCCCAACGGAGGCACUUUCCAGCCUGGCUGCGACAUCCAGAACACGUUGAUGGGGAUCGCAUUGGAAGGCAUCAAGGGCCUCCAAAAUAUGGACCAGCUCGUCAAAUGUUCCCACGAGCGCUCCAUCCACCUGUACAUCGACUCCUUACUGAACACCCAGCGGCAGACCAUGGCCUACCGCUGCAACUCCAGGGAGACCUUCAACAAGGGCAUGUGCCUCAGCUGCAGGAAGAACCGCUGCAACAAGCUGGGCUACAACAUCAACAAGGUCCGCUCCACCCGCAGCGCCAAGAUGUACCUCAAGACCCGUGAAAUAAGCCCAUACAAAGUUUUUCACUAUCAAGUCAAGGUGCAUCUCUUCAACAAGGACCCACUGAGCUUCACCGAGCAGCCAAUGAAGAUUUCUCUGUAUGGAACCCACGGAGAGAAAGAGGGCAUUUCCUUUGUCUUGCCGGUCCUAAGCGGUAACACCACUCUGUCGUUCCUCAUCACCACCGACGUGGACGUUGGCGACCUGAUGAUCGUGAAGCUGCGCUGGGAGAAGGACACGAUCAUCAGUUGGACGGACUGGUGGGGCAGCAGCAAGUUCCACAUCCGAAAACUGCGCAUCAAGUCGGGGGAGACCCAGUCCAAGGUGAUCUUCAGCGCUAAGGACGGGGAGUUCGCCUACCUCGUCAGGGGAGGAGAAGAGGGAGUCUUUGUCAAGUCUAAAGAAGACAACAUGAACCGUAAAGAAAAGCUGAUGCACAAGCUGAAGAUGCAGGGCAGUCUUUUUGGGCAGAAUGACGCUUGAUGUCGCACUUGCACAGCCUCCAUUUCAACACACACAGCCAAAGAAGGACCACACACAACAACACCCACCGGGAAAGCCAUAGCAAGCAACUGGACUUAUACUGAAUCUUGCCUUUUUUUUCUUCUUCCUCCUGUUGUGCCUCACGACAUUAACUCCCAGUGCAACAAACACGACCUCAUCCACAGUGCUGGAAAUCCGUCUGCUCACAAACCCUCUCCCGUCUCUCUGCCUAUUCUGACGCCGACACAUGUUACAGGUGUUUUGUCGUGAUGAUGUGCUCACAUAUAACAAGUGUACACUUUCACUAACAUUUGCUGCAUAUCUUUGUAAUCAUUUGUUUAUGCUCCUUUAGCCCAUUUAUCCGGUUUAUACUGAUUUUUAUGUAUUUUUAACCCCUUGUGUGUUUUCUUUGCCUUUGUGAACUUGGAUGAGUAAAUGAUUCAGAGUGAUAGGCAUAGAUUCGGCACAUCUUUUUGUUUCCUUUUUAUUUCUUAAAUGCUCAAAAUGACAAUGUUGUCUCUUCUUUACCGAACCAUUAUAUCACAAAAAAAGUCAAACGUUUGGACACAUUUCCUUUAUACUGAGAAAGUGUGUCCAGUCUUUUGACUAGUCCUGUAUUCACUAUACUAUAUAUAUUUAUGAACAUAUUCAUAAAUAUGUAUAUGUUCAACAAAUGUAUAGUGUGUUAGUUCCUGAUCUCUUGAAGUCUUGCUGUGUUCUUUGAUGUGUUUUGGUUAUUGUGUAACUGGUCACUUUUAAAAGGCUCUUUGUCCUCUGCAGCCAUUAAAAUGUCAAAGGUCAUUAAGUUUGCGUUCCAACAGGCAUAUGCAUCUUUUAAUUUGUGUAUUUCUUUCCUGAACUUGAAUUUAGCUCACUUUUAAAUCCGUAUCGGCAAGUGCUCUUUAAACACAUUAUGCAUGCGGCAACAUUAAAUCACCCACCAGUAGUUUACUCCAUUGAUUAAACAAUAUCUUCAACAACCCUUAUUUUGAAAAGCUAAAACUUAACAGAAUUUCUGUAAACAAACAUGCAAGCCCUGAUAAUUUGAUGGCGUGGCUUACAUUUUAGCCAUAAUACAUCUCAAUACUUCUUAUUGUAUUUAUUGAAUGUACAUUUAUAUAUUUGUAUAUUAAGCUGUAAUAUAUUUUGGGAGGCUUCUAUUGUCAUCUGUGUUUUUUUUUUUUUUACAAGCGUUUUGUUAUUUCAUGGACAAGGCUUUGGAGAGACCAAUUAAAUUGGUCUCGAUGCCAAAUGUUCAGUGAAUUUACUUUAAUGAACUGAGAUGGAUGGUUUAAUAAAGAGAUAAACCACAUA